AUAAAAUAAUUUUUUCCAGCUAGUGGGAUUACUACUACGUCAUCUUCAUCGUUGUCAUCAACAACCGCAUCGACAGAGAAUAUUGUUGAUAGUAAAACCGAUAGUUCAUCCACUGAUACCAAAAUGGUGCAGGAAGAAGUUAACAAUGAUGGAGCUGACGAACAAAUGUUGGGAGCCGAUGACAAUGACAAAUUGGCUGGAAAACGUGAUGAAGUUAAAUUCAUAAAGGGAGGCGACCAAAAUGGUGAUGCUAAAAUCGACAUUGGAAAUGUAAAUGGAAAGGAUAAGGAGGAGGCUUUUACUGGAAUGACCAAAGAGGAGCUUAUGAAAUAUGCCAAUGACCCCUUCUGGAUACGUUUACGUUGGAUCUUCUUUGUUGGCUUUUGGUUAAUAUGGUUGGGCAUGUUGGUUGGCGCUAUUUUCAUUAUUGUACAAACACCCAAAUGUGCCGCUCCUGAACCUUUACCUUGGUAUAAGCGUGGUAUUUUGGCUAAGUUCUCCAACUUUGAUGCUACCACUGAUAAUGUCGAAAUUGUGAAACAGAUUAAGGCUAGUGGUGUCAUUUACGAAAUGCCUGCUGAACUAACGUACAAUGUUCGCGAUCCCGAUGUUGAGGAGAAAAUCAAAAAUAUUGUUAAUCAUUAUAAGGAUACUGAGGCGCAUGUUAUUUUGGAUAUAACUCCAAAUUAUGUGCCAAAAACUUCGCGACUUUUAAAGGAUGCCAUGGAUGAUGAUGCCAAACGCUCUGCGUUCGUGUGGAUCGAAAAACCAGAAGUACCCAACAACUGGCUAUCGCUGGUUAAUGGAUCCGCUUGGGCUGAAGUUAAACCCAACAAUUAUGUGCUAUCUCAAUUUGGUGAUGGUUUAUAUGAUUUGCACAUGAAUGAUACCAUUGUAAAGAAGGAAUUAAGCCAUGUACUGAAGCAUCUAAUUGAGCUGGGCGUCAAGGGCAUUCGUCUGAAGAAUACAAAAUUCUUUAUUUUGUCCAAGCAAAUCGAGGAUGAGAGACCGGCGGAGAACACUAAAUACGAUUUGACCCAAUACGGUUUUUGGACACAUACUCAAACCACAUUCCAAGAGGGCCUUGGCGAUGUUCUUUAUGAAUAUUUGUCAGUGAUUAAAAACAUUUCGGCUGAUGCCUUCCUUUCCGUUGCUGACGAUGUUAUUCGUCCCGAAGUCUAUCGUACUGCAUCCGGCGAUAUGGGCAUUGAUGUACCAUUAUAUGGAAAAUUCGUUAAGAGUUUAAGCUCGCCCAAGGACAAAGAUCUGCGCUCUGAAUUAACAAAUGUAAUGCGUGAGGCUGGCAAUCAUACCUGGUUGCAAUGGAACGUUGAAGAUGCUGAUGCCAAUACAGAAGUUGAUGCCUCUGCAACAGUGUUGUUCUUAUCCCUGCUGCCAGGAACACCUGUGGUACCAGUUGGCAAAGAAGUUUAUGGCAAUUUAAGUGAUACCAUUUCCAAGCAGAUAGAGCAAUCGCGCAUGUCACCCUCAUAUAUGCAUGGCGAUUUUGCUAUGUUGCCAGUUGACCCCUUGGUAGCCUAUACAAGAAUAAAAUCUGGAAAUCCUGGUUUCUUGGUAGUUUUCAAUCCCACUGAGAUCAACCAAAAGGCAAAUGUUACCCAUCCCAGUUUGCCAGAGAAGAUGACUGUUGUGGCCAUAAGUGAUAAUUACAACAUUACUAAUGUUGCUGCUAAAAAUAAAAUAGCCACCGAAGAUUUGGAAGUAUCUGCUUUUGCUACCAUUAUCCUCACCUAUGUUCCCGUCAAAACGGAAUAAAUAGCAGCAGUGUAAUUUUCAAUUAUAUUGCAGUCCCUAGCACAAUGGGUCACUAAUAAGAUCAGAGUAUCAUGUAACAAAUAACAUACAUUUUGAAAAAUAUUCGCAGUAUAAUAUGUUAUUCAAACGUUGGCGUUCUGUAGCACAAUGCUCUGAAGCAUUAAUAAAUACAAUAAUUUGCUUUUAUGAAA